AUGAAAAUCAAAAACAAGCCAAAGAAGCUAAGUAUGACUUUGUCCUCUCAAUUACUUGUUCAUUUUAUCUUACUCAUCCUCCUCCAGCUUCCGUUACACUACCUUUUGGUUGGUGUAUCAUCAGCCCCUUUAAGCAUCACCACAGACACAGAAGCCUUGAUCUCAUUCAAGUCUCAACUGACAAAAGACACUCUUAAUCCCCUAUAUUCUUGGAACCAUAAUUCAUCCCCUUGCAAUUGGACUGGUGUCCAAUGUGACAGGCUUGGCCAAAGAGUUACAGGCUUGGAUCUUUCAGGCUUGAAACUAUCAGGUCACUUAAGUCCUUAUAUUGGUAAUCUCUCCUCUCUCAAGUCACUCCAUUUGCAGAAUAACCAACUUAGAGGAGUGAUUCCUGACCAAAUUGGCAACCUAUUCAGUUUGAGAGUCCUAAAUAUGAGCUCUAACAUGUUAGAAGGAAAGCUUCCUUCAAACUUCACCCACUUGAAUGAGCUCCAGAUUCUUGAUUUAUCGUCAAACAAGAUUGUAAGCAAGAUUCCUGAAGAUAUCAGCAGCUUAAAAAGGCUUGAGGUUUUGAAACUGGGAAGGAAUAGCCUCUAUGGUGAAAUCCCAGCAUCUCUGGGAAAUAUUUCUUCUCUCAAAAAUAUCAGUUUUGGCACCAACUUUCUCACUGGCUGGAUUCCCAGUGACUUGGCUAGGUUGCAUGUUUUGGUUGAGCUUGAUCUCACUCUUAACAAUCUCAAUGGGGUUGUUCCACCUGUUAUAUACAACUUGUCUUCCCUUGUUAAAUUUGCCUUACCUUCAAACUCUUUGUGGGGUGAGAUUCCUCAGGAUAUUGGUCACAAGCUUCCAAAACUUACAGAGUUCAAUAUCUGCUUCAAUUAUUUCACAGGUGGAAUUCCAGGGUCUUUGCACAACCUCACCAACAUUAGGGUCAUUGGCAUGGCUUCCAACUUUUUGGAAGGAACCGUGCCACCUGGUUUGGGAAAUCUCCCAUUUCUUCGCUUGUUUAAUAUUGGUUAUAAUUCGUUAGUGAGUUCAGGUGUCAGAGGUUUAGACUUCAUUACUUCCUUGACAAACAGUACUCACCUCAACUUUCUGUCAAUUGGUGGAAACAUGUUGGAAGGUGUGAUUCCAGAAACCAUUGGCAAUCUCUCCAAGGAUCUGUCAACAUUUUACAUGGGACAGAAUCGUUUAAAUGGAAGCAUACCCCCCUCCAUUGGUCGUCUUAGUGGCUUGCAGUUGUUAAACUUAAGCUACAAUAAAUUCUCUGGAGAAAUCCCACAUGAGUUAGGCCAGUUAGCGGAACUACAAGAACUAUCUCUGGCUGGAAAUGAGAUAUCAGGGGUUAUUCCAGAUUCCCUAGGUAAUCUCCUCAUGUUAAACCUGAUUGACUUGUCAGGAAACAGGCUUGUGGGGAGGAUACGGACCAGUUUUGGGAAUUUUCGAAGACUGCUUUACAUGGACUUAUCAAGCAACCAACUCAAUGGAAGCAUUCCUAUGGAAAUCCUCAAUCUCCCAAGUUUGAGCAAUGUUUUGAACUUGUCAAUGAACUAUUUGAGUGGAUCAAUACCUCAAAUUGGGAGAUUGAGUGGUGUUGCCUCCAUUGACUUUUCUAGCAACCAAUUGUAUGGUGGCAUCCCCAGCUCAUUCGGCAAUUGUCUCAGCUUGGAAAUUUUGUUUUUGACCAGGAAUCAGCUUUCAGGUUCCAUUCCAAAGGCUCUUGGAGAACUGAGAGGCUUGGAAACUUUGGACCUAUCCUCCAACCAACUCUCUGGAACCAUUCCUGUUGAACUUCAAAAUUUACAGGCGCUUAAGCUCUUAAACCUCGCGUACAAUGAUUUAGAAGGAGCCAUUCCUAGUGGUGGAGUUUUCCAAAAUCUCUCUGCUGUCCGUCUAGAAGGCAAUGAAAACCUCUGCUUGCAAAUCCCAUGUGUGAAUCGUGGCCAAGGAAGAAAAAAUGUAAGACAUUAUAUCAUCAUAGCCAUUAUAGUAGCAUUAGUACUGUGUCUCACAAUUGGCUCACUACUAUAUAUAAAGAGCAGAAAGGUAAAGGUAGCAGCAGCAGCAUCUGAACAGAUAAAACCUCUUGCACCAAUGAUCUCUUAUGAUGAGCUUCGUUUGGCAACUGAGGAGUUCAACCAGGAAAACUUAUUAGGAGUUGGGAGUUUUGGGUCAGUUUACAAAGGCAAUCUAAGUCAUGGAACUACUGUUGCAGUGAAAGUUCUUGAGACCCUAAGAACUGACUCUUUAAAGAGUUUCUUUGCAGAAUGCGAGGCUAUGAAGAACAUAAGGCAUCGAAAUCUGGUCAAGCUCAUCACAUCAUGCUCUAGUGUUGACUUCAAAAACAAUGACUUUCGAGCACUGGUGUAUGAGUAUCUGUGUAAUGGUAACUUGGAAGAUUGGAUUAAGGGGAGGAGAAAACAUGCAAACGGAAAUGGGUUGAACCUUAUGGAGAGACUGAAUAUAGCAAUAGAUGUUGCAUGUGCAUUGGAUUACCUGCACAAUGACAUUGAAAUCCCAGUUGUGCACUGUGAUUUGAAGCCUAGCAACAUUCUACUGGACGCAGACAUGACAGCAAAGGUUGGAGACUUUGGAUUGGCUAGGUUGCUUAUUCAGAGAUCAACUAACGAAGCUUCCAUUAGCUUCACUCAUCUCCUUAGGGGCUCUAUUGGUUACAUACCUCCAGAAUAUGGAUGGGGAGAGAAAGCAUGUGCAGCUGGAGAUGUAUAUAGUUUUGGUAUAGUGUUAAUGGAGCUCUUAUCUGGGAAAAGCCCUACAGAUGAGUGUUUUACAGGAGGCCUAAGCAUAAGAAGAUGGAUGCAUUCAGCAUUGAAAGACAAGACAGUGGAAGCCAUUGACCCUCAGUUGGUGUCCCUAAUUUUGCAUGAUGACCCUUCAGAAGGACCAAAUAACCUACAAGUGUGUUGUGUGGAUGCAAUAAUAGGAGUAGCCAUAUCUUGCACUGCAGAUAACCCAGAUGAACGCAUUGACAUUAGAGAUGCUGUUCAGAAACUGAGAAAGCUUCAAGAGACAUUCUUUCGAAUCACUCCAAUGAGAGCCACAUUACACCUAUCGGAGAUACCAAGUCUUAUUUCCUUGUUUCAGUAA